CACGGGCAUACGAGCGUACUCGAACUCGAGCACGAAAGCUACACCACUUCAAACCCCUGCUCCUUGAGAUGACGAUGGAGAAGACGAUGAAGCUUUGCCUGCGCACGAUGCUGCUCCUAGUGCUGCUGCAGACGUCUGCAGUAUCAGGGGACGUUGGCACCGCCUCGGCCUACUACUCUCCCUACAUACCGACGAGGUGUUGGGGGAACGACCAGUCCAGGUUUCCGGCGAACAGCAUGUUUGUGAGCGUGAGUGAGGUGAUGUGGGACAAUGGUGCUGCGUGCGGGAGGAGGUACAGGGUCAGGUGCCUCGCGGGAGACUCCAGACCCUGCAAGGCCGGUUACGUCGACGUCGUCGUCGUCGACGCCUGCCGCCGCUAUCCCUGCUCUUCCACCCUUCUGCUCUCCGCCGAUGCCUUUGGUGCCAUCUCCCGCAUCCCCAGUCAAAGAAUCAGCGUCGAAUAUAUCCAGAUUUGAGGUGAUCGAAGAAAAAGAUUAAUGGCUUCAAGAAUAUGUACGUAGGAGAUCGGUAGAGACUUCCGAGAAGCUAAUUUGUGACAGAAAGAGUUGCAGCUGACGUACUUAGUUGCAGAAUUAAGAUUGUAAAACUGAGAUUUCUCAUCGUGUCGAUUUUGUAUUACCACAACUGAGAACAAUUAUACUACAAUAUCUACCAGAAUUGGAGACUGG